GUAUGCUUAAUUUCGUAAUAUUUACUAUUAAGUGCAUAAAUAAAGGUGUAUAAAUGUAUUGGUUUUCUGUAAAAAAUCCAAUGAAUUGGUUUGUUGUAAUGGACUAAUGGGGUGCUUUCAUAGCAAAAAAGAGUCUUCGGACAUACAUCCCAGCAUUUAUCGGGUAAUCAAUAUUGAUGAAAACGGAGCAGAACUAUGUUCAGGACAACUUGAGAUUACAGAAUCUGAUAUAAUAUUGUAUCGUGAAGGACGUGAUUCUACCAUAUGGCCUUUACAUUCACUCAGAAGAUACGGAUUCGAAGGAGAAAUAUUUAGCUUUGAAUCAGGUAGAAGAUGUGAAACUGGUGCAGGUAUAUAUGCUUUCAGAUGUCGAAGAGCUUCCCUCCUUUUUCAUACUUUACAACAGCAAAUUCAACUGCGAAAUGCUAUUCAUGAUUCUGUUUCAUAUCCAGUAUCACAUAUGACUCCAUCACCACAAGGUAGACAAACACUGCAAGCUAGUGUUGUUCACCGGUCUUCUAUAGAUAAUGGUCAACCAGAAAGCAGUACUAGGUCCACUUUUAGCAAUAAUAAUGCAAAUAUAACAUCCAAUAUUGGAGUUCCCAGACCAGUGACUCAAACAACAAGAUUUUCUUCUAGCGCUGAUAUUUUGGAAGUCAUGCCCUUGUAUCCUCGUUCUCAAGCAAAUGGAAACCAUGUAACGAAUUUGUAUCAAGUGAGAGAUUUCAAAAGAGAACAUAAUAAUAAUCAAGCGGAAACUCCUACAGGAGUUGAUGUUCAUCAUGUUUACAGUAAUGAUCUUACAAGAGACUUAGCUAUUCUUAGAAAUACUUUACGGCAAGAAACUGCAUUGAAUACAAUGCGAGAUAUAGAAGAUGAAACUCGUUUCCUUGAAGGUAGAUAUUUAAAUGAAAAUGUUCCUAAUAAAAACAAUCCAGUUGCUAACCCAUUGUCCCCGACUUUGAGUAAUAACAGUGAGCAUUAUGCACAAUUAAGCAUAGAACAACAGGAAGCAGCUAGGUUAUAUGUAAAUGUAACACCAAAUGAGACAAACACACAUGACAAAAGUAAAACUGAACCAGUUCCACCUACUCCACUUACACCAAAGCAAGUAGAAUAUUGUAAUUUACCUGUUGGAAUGAAGCCAGAAAUGAAUAGUUAUGCAAAUUUAACACUGGGUGACAUAGGUGAUAGUGUGAAGAAUGGUAAACUUAUCUUACAUUUCAAUACAACAUCAGAUAAACAGAAGUUCUCUGAGUCGGACACAAUGACAUCAAUAUCACCUGUUGAAGAGACAGAAGUGAACUAUGCUAUAUUAGAUAUUGAUUGUAAUAAGGACACUAUAAAAAGUACAAAGGAAUCUAUCUCUUCAGAAGGUCAGUCCAAUAGUAGCUCACGAAAUGAAAGCACUGCCUCAUGCACAUCACAACCAAGAGGGAGAUUAAUAUCUCAAAGUAGUGUAGAUAAAGCUACAACUGGGACAAUAUCUAUCCCCCUGGCUGCUAUAGGAUAUACAACUAUUGAUUUUGAUAAAACCGUAGCUUUAACUUCUGUGGCAGCUGGAAAUGAAGCUGAAAUGGAGAAUUCCAGAAGGACAAGGCACAGUUCAUGCAAUAUUUUACUGACUGGAAGUGCCAAUUUUGAUAAGGGAAAACUUUGUAAUUAUUAAUUUUAGCUCUCAAAAUCUUGCAUCUAUUUAAUUAAGGUAUAUUAAGUAUUACUUUCAAAUAUGUGCCAAAAAUUAUGUGUAAUUGUAUGAGUAGUCACUGUCACAAGUAGCUGAAAAUUGUGUAAUAAAACAUAGGGGCAAAAAACAUCAAACCUCAGGCAUGCAUAUUUGAAAUUCAAAUUGACAUACUUUCUUUCUGUCUGCACUUCACAUGGCUAUGUUGCCUGCAUCAUACUUUGUAGGGAGUGGAAGGAGUGACUUAUCAAGUUUACAAAUAUACAAAAUGAAUAGCCCUUUGGUUAAUUAACAUGCCUAGAUAGAGCAAUCCCAAUAAACCAUGCAAAGAAAACUGCUCAUGUUAUGUGAAAUGUGUGUGUGAUUUUAAUCAGAUUGUUUGAAAGCAGUCAAUGUGUGUGUGUGUGACGAGCGUAUCAACCAUAUGUAAAAGAUAUUUUUUGGGCUGCUUCGGUGCAGUUAAUAUGGUAUCUAGGCAUCUAUAUAAUCAAAGACUGUACCAAAUUUUUACAAAUCAUGUCUCCCAUUUAUGCCACCAUAUGGAUAGCUACAUUUUACAAAAGCAUACUGGAAUAAUUAAAAUUGUUCAUUAGGUUGUAUUACAAUGGGCCAACAUAAUCCAUAAUAUUGUUUAAUAUGGGUUAAAUUCUUAUGAUUGACAAUUAUUGCCUCUAUGUAGCAUUUAAAUGAUAUUUGUCUACUAUCAGCCAAUUUGAUUCUUGACCCACCAUAAGUUUAUUUUUUUACAACCAUUGCAAAACAUUAAGAUAGGCUCAAAUGUAUAGGCUGAUUGGCUUAUAGGUAUGCUUCCAGCAAAUAUGUUAAUAUCUGAACAAUCUUAAUGACGUGACAGAUUUUGUCGCCUCCCUCCCUGUGACGUAGUGUUGACAUUACAAUAUUAAUAUUAGGAAUUUUGCCCAUAGUGCUAGAGCCUGCGGGAGCGCUGAGCGGGCGCGUGUUUUUGUUUCAUGUUAUUUCAUAGAGUUGCCCUGCGUGAAGCGGGUCUCCCGCGCAUCGAAGUUCUAUGAAAUUACAUAAAAACUACACGCGGAGGAGAGGACGUUCGCUUCGUGCUCCCGCUUAACGCAGCGCAUGCCGUAAGGAUUUCCAUAGUAGUUUACCAGUAAUUUUCUUAAUGUCAAGAAAUCUAAGAGUUUCUGUUACAUUUACGAUUUUAAAAUUGAUUUCGAAAUUCAAACUACUAUUCCAAUUUCAUAUAAAAGAUGAUCUAUUGCAUUAUAAACAAAGAUCUUUGAAUAUUAGGAGGUCCUUCAUUCAAUAACGCAUUUCUAUACAGGAAAAUUCGUCUAUUUUGACAAUUUUAAGUAAAAUAUUGGGCAAGUUGGUCAGAUAUCAACCAAAGGGCUAUUUGUUCCAUAGUACGUACUUACAUAAUAUACAGGUUCUUGUGAUAGCAGCUAUAGCAUAAAAACUAUU